GUGAAGACGCAGCUUGCGCCGUGGAUCUGUGGGCAGGAAGCGCGUGCGAGAGAGCGAGCGCAUUGAUCAGGCUCCCUGCGUGUGGAACGGCAGGGCUGAAACAUGUCACAUUUCUGAUGCCUGGGCACGCUGGAGAACCCCCAAAUUCUUGCCCAAAACACAGGUCCUGCGAACACGCCCCGCUGAACCCGGAAAGGGGGGCCCGAAAACGGAGUUCCGAGCGGCUGAGCGGCUUGGCAUUUGAAAACAUCGGGGCGGCCACGGGGCUGGGAAGCGCAAUCCAGAAAACGACGAGGGGGUAACAGUGACUGUUUUCCGAAGCCAUGAGAGAAUACAAAGUAGUCGUGCUGGGAUCCGGCGGAGUCGGGAAAUCGGCUUUGACCGUGCAGUUCGUAACCGGAUCAUUCAUAGAAAAAUAUGACCCCACUAUCGAAGAUUUCUACAGAAAAGAGAUCGAGGUGGAUUCGUCGCCCUCGGUGCUGGAGAUCCUGGACACGGCGGGGACCGAGCAGUUCGCUUCCAUGAGAGAUUUGUAUAUCAAAAACGGGCAGGGCUUUAUAUUAGUCUAUAGUCUGGUGAACCAACAGAGCUUCCAGGACAUAAAACCAAUGAGAGAUCAAAUCAUCCGAGUGAAAAGGUACGAGCGGGUACCCAUGAUUUUGGUGGGGAACAAGGUGGACUUGGAAGGCGAGAGAGAGGUCUCCUCCGUGGAAGGCAAAGCGCUGGCGGAAGAGUGGAACUGUCCGUUUAUGGAAACUUCAGCCAAAAAUAAAAGCUCCGUGGACGAACUGUUUGCAGAAAUUGUUAGGCAAAUGAACUAUGCUUCGGCGCCGAAUGGGGAAGACCAAUGCUGUUCCUGUGCUAUUCUUUGAAAACAGGUUUUAUUUUCUGUAGGCUACGGGUGGGUGACAAACGCGUCAGGAUCGGAAACGAAAAGUUUGCUUGAAAACCAACAAAACUUUGUAGUGUAAAAAGGUUGACUGUCAUCAGUAUUUGAAAGUGUCCUGCUGUCUUGCACACUCCUAUUACAAAAAAGACAAUUCUAUAAAAAAAUAAGUGUUUACAUAGCAGAAUACUUGAAUGUCCUGGGGAGUUUACAUAUAUACAACUUUAUGGCGAAUAUUUUACUAUUUUAUGUGAGGUGCCUAUUUGGGGAUAUUUAAUUUAAAGCGUAAACACGUUUUAGUCCUUUUUGUUGUGGAAAUGAGGCGCGGAUUAUCCGCUUGUGUUGGAUACAGGGCGUCUACUUGAGAGAGUACGGAGCGCUGUUGUGAUGGAGCCUUCCUUUGGAAAACCCCGGAUAUGGAUUGCUCCUCGGGAAUUCGGCGUGGUUGGAGUUUUUUUGUUGCGGCACUUAAACUGUGGGCCUACCCCCCCCCCCCCCCCCCCCCCCAACUGCCGUCAGGAAGUCCGGAGGGGCGGACCGUGAACUUCAGGCUCGUCGUGCACUCUCAACCCCGAAACUAGCCCAACUGCGGAGGUCGACGUGAACGCGGAGAGGAAACGCGAUUAAAGCAUUUAAGGAAAUAUAUAUUUCUACCUAUGGCAUUCGUUUAGGACACGAGUCAAUCCAUGACACUUUUGGAUCGUAAUAAUUUUGUUGUCGUUUGAGUUUGUACCGCUGAAGUUAUAACUUCCGCUACCAGCGCCACCCUCCCCCUCUAGCGAGGACCUUGCUUUCCUAUGAAGACCUGGGGCUUCGACAACCCCAACACCCCACCCCCUCCCCAUGUCAAGUGCCUUCCCUCAGUGACCUUUUAAACUUUAGUGCCAACCCGAGAGAGUAUCCGUAUUAAUCACAUUAAAUGACAAUCACAGUACAGUGAACUGACUCACUUUGGGGCGGGAGCAGGGGGUAAUGUUUUUGGAUUUUUUUUUUCCUUCAUUGUUUGAAAUAUCUACCUUUCAGUUUGGCCAUUGCAAUGUAAACUGUGUGCCUGGUCAAAGUUAAAGUUUGGUCUUUAUUCAGUUGAAAUUCCCGGGUUCUGUACUGCCCUGGACUUACCAGUAUACCAAACCAGUUUUCUUGCUCGACCAGCUGGGAUUUUUAUUUUAAACCUUUUGUUUUUUUAGUUCUGUUUUAACUAAAUGUGUUGUAUCAUAGAAAUUCUAACCUGAUUGUAAUUUUGAUUUCCAGACCAGCUUUUUAAACAGCUGUCUUGUCUCUCUGGUUUAAAAGGACUUUUAAUACAAAUUGCAUUUUUUUUAUAAAUAUAAAAAAAGAGAG